AUAUUGGUAUAAGAAAAAUAAGAAAAAAGAAAAUAGAAAAAAGAAAAAGAAAAAGAAAGGGUGUCGACAAUGAACGAUCGAUUUUGAAGGUGUAACCCGUUUCUUAACUCUGUCGAUCGAUAAACCUCAUAACGAUUAUGGCGAGAAAUACAAGGAGAGAGUGACCAGGUGAAACGGGAAAAGUUUUGCUUGUAUGAAAAGAAAAAAAAAAGAAUGCAACUACUUUCCACCUUCAUGGCGAGGCAUCUGAAGCGAGGAGCAUCCCUGAAAAAAGGGAAGCGCGAAGUCGUUGGAGGCGGAAGUCCCGUCAAAACUUCGUUAGCUUCCGCAGGGGCUUCGAACAAAACCCUGAACGGUGUUCCUGCAUGCAGCAUUGCAGGAGAAACUGCCAAUAUGACACUAAACGAUCUUGCUCCCGACGAAGAGUUUGCAUUGGCAAUUGCACAGAAAACUCAGAGAGAUGCGGAAGCGAUACGCGGUGCUCUAUAUCUCGGCUUGGCUCUUACGAUCGCCUGGAUAAUCGGAGCAACCGGUCUGUCAUUAGCCUGGUUGGUCCUAGUUUUGGCAUUGGUUGGUACAAUCAUGAAGGCGAGAAUAUCGCGUCUACUUCAAACGGCUCUACAAUACGAACUGUCCAACUUAAGAAGAAGACGUGCCUUGCACAAAGACGAAACGGCCGAAUGGCUUAGUUUAUUGUUCAACAGAUGGUGGAGAUUUAGCGCGGCCAGUAUAUUUUCUUUAGCUAAGGAACGUCUAGAGCCUUUGUUGAACGAAGCCAAACCUUGUAUAUUGGGACCGUUAGAGUUACGGGAACUUACUCUUGGCGAGCAAACACCAUAUGUAACACGCGUGAGGACUCUGGAAUAUAGUUGCGAGGAUGAAACGUUGGACGGUCAUCCAGGAGAGAGAAAACUAUCAAUCGAGGCCGAUGUACGAUUGGACUGCGAGCAAUUUCGCAUGCUCAUAGCAUCCCGUCUCUUUGGGAAGGGCAUUGGCAUGGACGUCGAUAUGGCCGUGGAAAAGCUGUCUCUCUCCGGAACGAUUCUCGCCACUCUGACCCUGAAUUCUCUGGCACCGUUUCCACACGCGACCAGCCUUAGCAUGAGCUUCUUGGAGAAACCGGACGUUUGGUUCAGCGUGAGAAUUCUACGAACCGUGCAGAUGAUGGAGAUACCUUUAAUCAAGACCUGGAUACAUGCUGUAGUUACCGAUGCUUUGGCAAGUUGGCUCGUUGAUCCGGGUCAUCUGGAAUUGAAUUUAAGAGCUCAGGAAAGACCUGGCCCUGUAUUGGAUUCUUUGGCUAAUUCGAUACCGCAAGGUGUACUAACUGUUGUAUUGAGUCAAAAUGGUUCACCACCUAUCAUAGGGGAUGAAGUAAGGUGGCUGGUAGUGACCGUAGGAGAUCAACGUCGUGUCACGUCACAUCUGAAUUCAACAUGGACCGAGGAUGUUUCGUUUCUUGUUGGACCAUUGGAUAAUGAAAGGAUCAUGAUCAAAUUGAAGACGAAGAGGCUCGUCAGUACCAUCACCUUAGCGCAAUUUGAAUUAGCACUCGGUGUUUACAAUUGGGAGAAUUCUCAGAUUGUUGAAACCGUACUACAACAAAAGAAACCUUCUCGUAGCAGUUCAAACAUUCCAAAUAUUAAUGCUCGAUUAGAGUAUACGCCCAUUCCUAAUUUGGAGCCGGAUUUGCCACGACCUGAAUUAACCGAAGACAUGUUACACAAUGCAGGUGUCCUAGUGGUUUAUAUCCAUUCAUCGGAGAAUCUUAACUGUGAUAGUUCACAAUGCAAUCCUUACUGUAUGUUGUUUAAUAAUCGAAAGAAGGUGAAAACUACACACUACGUUCGUAAUACUACCUCUCCGAGUUGGGAAUGUAGAGCACAGUUUCUCGUACAAGAUUAUACUCAAGUUUGUCUUAGCUUUGUUAUAUAUUCUUGGAAUAUAUCAAAGUCUUGUGAUUCGGAUAUGCUUGGACUUGCUAUGAUGUCAUUAUCACAGGAAUCAACGUGGGUACUUAGAAAAGAAUUAACUCUGAAUGGUACAAACAGUAUUUCCACCAUGACGGUUUCCAUAUUAUUUUAUCCUGUAAAGAGUGUACAACAAGUAGUUACCAGUCGAAGAAGCAGUAUGGUUCCCGUUGCGUCGGAUGAUGAACCGAAAUCAAAGAGAAAUAGUUUACCCUGGAUGCAACAAGCUAAAUUAUUAUUAAUUCACAAAGACGUCGACCCUGCUUCUUCCGAUAUAUCGAGUCUUCUAUCCACUGGAAGUGGCUUAAUGGAAGUGACAUUGUUACGCGCUAAGGAUUUAGUUGCGAAAGAUUUAAAUGGCUUUAGCGAUCCAUUCUGUGAGCUCAAAUUAAAUAACGAGACAAAGUACAAAAGUAGUAUAAAGAAAAAAACGUUGAAUCCAUGUUGGGAUGAAAGCUCCAUAAUGGGUCUACCUCGCUCAGGAGAAAGUUUAGAUAUUGUCUUAUGGGAUCAUGACACUUUUGGUAUGAAAGAUUAUUUGGGUAAAGUAUCAUUGACUCUCGACGACAUAAGAAAACUUUCCAACAGUGAUCAGUCUCAUUGGUUCACGUUAAAGGGAACCAAAACGGGAUCUGUUGAGCUGAAAAUCAAAGUUCUCUCCGAGGAAUAUGAGACCCAAAGCACGUACGCAGCCAGUAAUGCGAGCGAGGGUUCUUCUCGUUACAACAUCGAAGCUGAAUCAAUAUCUAAUAUCAUAAGAAGGCCAUCGAUGGAAAAAUCUAAAAUGAAGUUACAUCUGGAUCCUGUUAUCCCACCACCACCACCUCCACGUACUGUUACUUUACUCAAACCUACGACGUCCAAUCAAUCUGAUAAAAUCAGUACAACGAGUAAAGAAUCAAACGAAAUGAACGGUACUCAAAAUUCUUGGAUGUCCAGAGUAGUCAAUGAAACCAUCACCGAUGUAGUCGACGAGGCCGACGCUCCAAAAAUAAGGGAAAGACGAUCGUCCCAUCAUAGUUUAACACCCAGUCCCGAACAAAACUUUGGCAAGAAGCUACCACAGUACAAUAGCUUUCGCGUUAUGAAACAAAAGGUCAAGAGAGGAUUGAAACUCCGCAGAUUCCGUUCGGAAGUAAAUAUAGAAGAUAAUAAAAACGAAAGCAAGGGUAUUACAUUGAGUUUAGAACCUAGGGGUGGUGGAGAAGCUGAUGCUACGGAAUUGUUACAAGGAGCUGGUUUAGCACAUGCUGUUUCGCAACCUGAUAUGCUUGGUAGAAUAAGACAGCCUAGUCCACGUUUACGAAUAAGACCAAAUGAAUUGAAAAUCGUUAAUGGCACCAGAGAGAGAUAUUCAGGAGUGGAGGGCAAAGUUUUGCAAGCACAGGGACUUCACGUAGCCCACAUUGCUCAGCUAUAUUGUCGAGUUAAAUUUCAAACAUGCAACAGUCCAGAGAAAAUGUCAUCCUCCGCUAAUGCCGGUAAAACAAUAGCAAAAUCACGAUUAUUACCGGCAAUGCCAAAUCCACAAUUCAGUAUAGAUUUUCAUAUAGAAAGUGACAGCGUACCGAGGCAAGCUUUACUCAUAUUCGAGAUUAGAGGUGCCAGUAAGGAAUUAUUGGCAAGUCGGCGUAUCACGUUGCACGAACUAUUAGGCGUAUCAGCUGCGAGCAACGAAGUACAUACCUGGUUGGCAUUGAACAAUGGAGCUUCGUUAGAAAUUCAAAUCGCUCAUGGAAAAGAAUUAAAAAAUAAAUCGUCCAAGAAAUUAUUUCGUUCAUGGUCCGUACAUCGAAUAGGGAAAAUAUGAGGGUUAGCCAAGGUCAGAAUUAUCUGACAACGUUUCCACUGAAAUUAUCUAUUUCUUUUCUUUUUUCAAUCUCUCUAAUCAAAAUCGAUAAGUAUAUUGGUGUAUCUCGAAAAAAGAGAAACCGAUUUAAUACCAUGACUAUUUUCUAAGAUAGAGUACAAUGUUUUCUUUUAAUAUUUCGAUUCGUAAUAAUAUCGGGACGAAUCUCAUUACGAAUUAUACUCAAUAGGAUCAUCUCAAAUAUUUGUCAUUGUAAUAUCUCGUUUGUAUUAUAAAAUAUGCGCAUAAAUGUUUAUACGUUAAGAUAAGUUAUAAAGAAUAUCUUAUAUAUCGAAGCUCGAAGUAUCAUCUCUCUACGUUUACAAUUUUAAACUAAUCGUAAUAUAUAUAUAUAGAUAUAUAUAUAUAUAUAUACUACAGAGAAUGUAAUUAAUAAUA